ACCAAUACAAAACCAUCUUCGUGACAGCGGUUUUGUUUACAUGCCGAGGAAGCUACGCUACUACCUGCGUUAGCUAAACGUUUUUCACUCAGCUAACGCUAUUGGCUCGCCACCAUGGGGAAGUCGUUUGCUAAUUUUAUGUGUAAGAAGGAUUUUCAUCCUGCAUCGAAGUCAAAUAUCAAAAAGGUAUGGAUAGCAGAACAGAAGCUGACCUUCGACAAGAAGAAGCAAGAAGACCUAAUGCAGGCAUAUCUGAAAGAGCAAGACACUUACAACAACAGGUUGUUGAUGGGUGAUGAUCGUGUUAAAAAUGGCCUGAAUUUCAUGUAUGAGGCUCCACCCGGAGCAUCCAAAGAGGAAAAGAAAGAGGAGGGGGAGGAAGAGUACAAAUUUGAGUGGCAGAAAGGAGCUCCUAGAGAGAAGUAUGCAAAGGAUGACAUGAAUAUUAGAGAUCAGCCCUUUGGAAUCCAGGUGCGCAACGUGAGAUGCAUCAAAUGUCACAAAUGGGGCCACGUGAACACGGACAGAGAGUGUCCUCUGUUCGGACUGUCGGGUAUCAAUGCCAGCUCUAUGACCUCAGAGGAUGGCGCAGGUCCGUCGAUGCACCCCUCGGAGUUAAUGGCGGAGAUGCGAAACAGUGGGUUUGCUCUGAAAAAAUCUGUCCUUGGUAGGAAUUCAACUGUUUGCGAUCCAUUGCAGGAUUAUGUGGCCAGUGAGGAAGAGGAAGACCCCGAAGUGGAAUUCCUGAAAUCUUUAACAACCAAGCAAAAACAGAAACUCCUCAGAAAACUGGAUCGGCUAGAAAAGCAGAAGGCAAAGAAAAAGAAGAGCAAAAAACAGAAGAAGAAGAGCAAAAGAAAACACAAGAAAAAGCAUGAAAGCAGCGACAGCUCGAGUGACUCCUCCAGUGGCAGCAGCAGUGAUGAUAGUGGCUCAGAUUCAGACAGUCAUAGCAAGUCCAAGAGCCAGAAGAGAAAGAAGAACAAGAAAAAAGAUUCCUGUCGGGAUAACAGCUCUGAGUGCGAGCGACAAGUCAAGAGUCAGAGAAAGGCCUCUUCUCACAGGAGCAGGUCACCGAGCCCUCGCACUGGACAGAAGCAGACUAAAGAGGAGUCUGGAGAUUAUAGACAAACAAGGAUAGAGAGGGGAAGGAGCAGGAGUCGGAAUCGCAGCCCCAAGAACACGAUCACGCUGGAAGGAGGUCAAGAGAGAAAGAGGCACAACAGCAGGGACAGGCAGAGACCUAGCAGCUCCAAGUCUGGCUUGGACAGAAGUAGAAGCCACGAGAGAGGCAGGGAGGACGAAGGUAAAGACAGACGUCACAGUAGAGAUGGUGAGAGGAACAGAAGUAGCACAGAAGGAAGGAAAGGCAGAACAGCAGAUGGGAGGAGCAGAAGCAGAGAAAGGAGAAGAGAAAGGGAGGGCAGAGGAAGAAGCAGGAGUAAGAGUAGGGAGAGAAGAGACAAAAGUGGGGACAGAACAAAUAGAAGACACUGACCUCCUUUCUUUAAGCUUGUUUUUCCUGCAUAUAGAACUAGAGGAAAAAGGAAAAUCUCAUGCAUGUCUCUUGCACUAUCUAUUAAGUAGUAAUUUUUGUUAUGCAUGUAGGGUCCCUUUAUUUAAAUAGAAGAAAUUGUGUGUUGAUCUCCGUUUCUUCCAGCAGAGGGAAGCAGUCAACAGAAAAUAUCUAGAUGCAUGUCAGUGCACACUGAUGCUGUUUUGUACUGUAUGAAAGGGUCUAAAUGAAUUGGUUACCAUUAAAAGCAAUUUGCAUCUGAUCCAUUGAUGGGAAAAUGUUGGACUCCUUUUCAGGGUCACUACCAAAAAAAUAAAAAAUAAUAAAAUUCAUCUGAUGCAAUUUUUAAAUCUUACUUUUAUGAUUGUGUUUGUGAAAAUUGUUUAGAUUUUUUUUUUUUUUUGUUAAAAGCAGGACUGUUAUUUUCUGAUUAAAUCUUUAAAUCAAUUAGUUUAUGGAGUUAUUUAUCGCGAUGUUUAAGUUUAAUGUCAAAUUUCAUGAAAGUGAAGACGUGGACUGAUGAGCCGUCAGUCUUUAUACCCGUGUGUUUUUGUGCUCUGGACACCUCAUAGAAAUUUCAUACACUUUUUUUUAAUCCACAAAUUAUUAUUAUUAUUAUUAUUAUUUUAUUUUUUUAGUAAUGGGCACAAAAAAUUAAGACCAGUUUCCCCGAAUUUUAAUGGCCUUUAAAGUGCGUUAUCCCUGAAUCUCUGUAAACCGCUCGUUGGGUUUUUUCCGGGCGUUAAAUGAAAAUAGACAAAGAAUAAUUUGUGUACAAAUAGCCAGCGAGCAUAGUAACACCCCGUUAUAAGGCAUGCAGUAGAUGUGUAUAAAUUAAGGCAGUUACAAUUGCAGUUAUUUCAUUGGCUACUUUUACAUGAGACAUUUACAUUAAAUAUAACCUGUAGAGUUUUAAAUAAUUUUUGUAGCGAUUUUUCUUUGACAUUUAGACUUACAAAUUGCAGAUUUUGCAAACUGUUUUGAUGUCGAUAAAAAUGACACAUUUUGCCUCCCCCCCCCAAAAUAAUAAUAAUAAAAAUAUGGAGGAAAAAACAGUUGCUGAACGUGUCGACAAAAUAUUAAAUUUCAGCGUUAUUAUUUAGGCUGUUUAUAUAUUUUUUGAUUAAAUUCAGAUUGGAAAUGUAGUAAUUUGAUAGUUUUCACUUUCUGCCCGUUUCCUUGAAGCCGCUGCUACACAAAAGGAAAUGAAAAUAAUUUCCCUCCUAUUGCCUUCUGGUCAAUUUAACAUCCUCCUUAAAAA